AGUUAACGUCGUCUUGCUGCGGACAGUAUGCAGCGGCAUUAAAGUCGCAGUAACAAAGUAUGGGCGAACGCUAUAAAGUAACAGGAAGAGUAAUUUCAUUCAGCAGCAAGAAAUGGAUGGAAAGUCUCAACAGCGCAGGAAGGGUUAGUAGCAGCGACUGUUUUUGUUAAUGUUGUGGAGUGACCAACGUACGAUCACGUUUUGCCCCCAAUCAGGAGCCUAGCAUGCCACUUUAUGUUCAAAGUCCAAGCAUUUUAAAAGCAGAAUAUACCGCAUCCUGUAUAUACAGAGGGUAGGUCCUACUAUUAGUCACCAUCUGUAACGUCGCAAGGAAAAAAUAGGAGUAAGGAUGCAGGUUAAGCGGUAUCUGGGGACACGGUCUUCACUAUAAAAAUAAGCACAACUCUAUCAGAGAUAACAUAUGGCAAAAAUGAUUACAAAACAUGCUAAAGAUGAUUAUCUAAGGUGGUAUUUAUAUUCUCCUAAGGCAAUGCCAGCCGUGUGCUCUUUAUACUGUUAAUUAUCCAUUUAUGAUGAUCACAUUUUUAGACAUACCUCCAAGAAACAGCAAAGCACAAUCAGACACACAGAUACCCUCUAAAACUUGUGCACCUUGUAAUGUUUAAAAGAACAGCCAAACAUACAGUAACAGUUUUACCGUACUAUAAUAACAGGUAGUGGGAUGCAGAGACACAAAUGCUGAAAAUUAGACACUGUGAUGGACAAAACAUUAAUUUGAAAGGAGGAUAUUUAGGAGAAAUGAAAAAGAAAGACAGAGAGGGACAGGGAACAAGAAGAGACAGGAAGCUACAAGCAUUAAGAACAGAGAGACAGGAAACUACAGGCAUCAAUAAUAGAUAGACGGGAAGUUCCCGGGCCACAAAUGCAGUGAGAGACAGGAUGUUACAGGCAACAAGAACAGAGAAAGGGAGAGUGAAACCUACAGAGAAAUAGAGGAAGGACAAGGCCACGAGAACAGAGAGAAACAUGAAGCUACAGGGAGCAAAAACAGAGCGAGACAGGAAGUUACAGGCAACAAGAGCAGAGAGACAGGAAGUUACAGGCAGCAAGAGCAGAGAGAGACAGGAAGGUACAGGCAGCAAGAGCAGAGAGAAACAGGAAGGUACAGGCAGCAAGAGCAGAGAGAGACAGGAAGCUACAGGUAGCAAGAACAGAGAGGCAGGAAGCUACAGGUAUUAAGAGCAGAGAGAGACAGGAAGCUAUAGGUAGCAAGAACAGAGAGACAGGAAGCUACAGGUAGCAAGAACAAAGAGACAGGAAGCUACAGGUAACAAGAGCAGAGAGACAGGAAGCUACAGGUAGCAAGAGCAGAGAGACAGGAAGCUACAGGCAGCAAGAGCAGAGAGACAGGAAGCUACAGGUAGCAAGAGCAGAGAGAGACAGGAAGGUACAGGCAGCAAGAGCAGAGAGAGACAGGAAGCUACAGGCAGCAAGAGCAGAGAGAGACGGGAAGCUACAGGCAGCAAGAGCAGAGAGAGACAGGAAGCUACAGGCAGCAAGAGCAGAGAGAGAGAAAGGAAGCUACAUGCAGCAAGAGCAGAGAGACAGGAAGCUACAGGUAGCAAGAACAGAGAGACAGGAAGCUACAGGUAGCAAGAACAAAGAGACAGGAAGCUACAGGUAGCAAGAGCAGAGAGACAGGAAGGUACAGGCAGCAAGAGCAGAGAGAGACAGGAAGCUACAGGCAACAAGAGCAGAGAGAGACAGGAAGGUACAGGCAGCAAGAGCAGAGAGAGACAGGAAGCUACAGGCAGCAAGAGCAGAGAGAGAGAAAGGAAGCUACAUGCAGCAAGAGCAGAGAGACAGGAAGCUACAGGUAGCAAGAACAGAGAGACAGGAAGCUACAGGUAGCAAGACCAAAGAGACAGGAAGCUACGGGUAGCAAGAGCAGAGAGACAGGAAGCUACAGGUAGCAAGAGCAGAGAGACAGGAAGCUACAGGCAGCAAGAGCAGAGAGACAGGAAGCUACAGGCAGCAAGAACAGAGAGAAAGGAAGCUACAGGCAGCAAGAACAGAGAGAAAGGAAGCUACAGGCAGCAAGAACAGAGAGACAGGAAGCUACAGGUAUCAAGAGCAGAGAGACAGGAAGCUACAGGUAGCAAGAACAGAGAGAAAGGAAGCUACAGGCAGCAAGAGCAAAAAGACAGGAAGUUACAGGUAUCAAGAACAGAGAGAAAGGAAGCUACAGGCAGCAAGAGCAGAGAGAGACAGGAAGCUACAGGCAACAAGAGCAGAGAGAGACAGGAAGCUACAGGUAGCAAGAACAGAGAGAGACAGGAAGCUACAGGUAGCAACAACAGAGCGAGACAGGAAGCUACAGGUAGCAAGAACAGAGAGACAGGAAGCUACAGGUAGCAAGAGCAGAGAGACAGGAAGCUACAGGUAGCAAGAACAGAGAGACAGGAAGCUACAGGUAGCAAGAGCAGAGAGACAUGAAGCUACAGGUAGCAAGAGCAGAGAGACAGGAAGCUACAGGCAGCAAGAGCAGAGAGAGACAGGAAGCUACAGGCAGCAAAAGCAGAGAGACAGGAAGCUACAGGCAGCAAGAGCAGAGAGAGACAGGAAGCUACAGGCGGCGGUAUAGAUAAGAAGACAGAACGAUCAGCUACAGGUAGCAAGGGCAGAGCGAAAUAGAAAGCUUUAGGCAGAAUUAAUCACAAGAGGCACUGAACGAAUGAUGUUUAAAAAAGAAAAUACAAGCAGAGAUAAAGGAUGCUACUUGCAGAUUGAAGACAAAAUACAGGCAGCAGAAAAGUUACACACCAUAACUACAAACACCAUAACUACAAACUAUAAGGAAAUAGGGGGUAGUUGGGAUAAUUAAAAAAAAAAACUAAAACCAAGAUGUAAAAUCUGUAGACAGCAAAAACAAUUAGAGGAAGAAAUCUACAAUGGGAAGGAAGGUUUAGUGGCAAGAAUCUGCAAGGCAAUAAGAACAAAUAGGAUUAGGAAUCUACAGACAGCAGGAAUGAUUAGAGGAAGGAAUCUACAGACAGCAGGAAUGAUUAGAGGAAGGAAUCUACGGACAGCAGGAAUGAUUGGAGGCAGAAAUCUACAGACAGCAGAAAUGAUUGGAGGCAGAAAUCUACAGACAGCAGGAAUGAUUGGAGGCAGAAAUCUACAGACAGCAGGAAAGAUUGGAGGAAGGAAUCUAUAGACGGUUGGAAUGGUUGGAGGCAGGAAUCUAAAGAUAGCAGGAAUGAUUACAGACUGGAAACUACAGACAGCAGAAAUGAAGGGAGGCAGGAAUCUUCAAACAGCAUGAAUGAAUGGACAUGGAAUCUAAAGACAGCAGGAAUGAUUGGAGGAAGGAAUCUAAAAAUAGUAUGAAUUAUCACAGACUGAAAAUCUACCGGCAGCAGGAAUGAUUAGAGGCGGGUAUUUAUAGAUAGCAGGAAUGAUUAGAGGCGGGUAUUUACAGAUAGCAGGAAUAUUAGAGGCGGGUAUUUAUAGAUAGCAGGAAUGAUUAGAGGCGGGUAUUUAUAGACAUAAGGAAUGAUUAGAGGUAGAUAUUUACAGAUAGCAGGAUUGAUUACAAGCAGGUAUUUAUAGAUAGCAGGAAUGAUUAAAGGCGGGUAUUUACAGAUAGCAGGAAUGAUUAGAGGAGGGUAUUUACAGAUAGCAGGAAUAUUAGAGGCGGGUAUUUAUAGAUAGCAGGAAUGAUUAGAGGCGGUUAUUUACAGAUAGCAGGAAUGAUUAGAGGAGGGUAUUUACAGAUAGCAGGAAUAUUAGAGGCGGGUAUUUAUAGAUAGCAGGAAUGAUUAGAGGCGG